CAGGUGUCAGAUACCGGAAGUAGUGUCCCGUGGUUUGUGUUCAAUCGGAACGGGUGAAUCUACACCUUGUGGUACUGUCAGUAGUUCACCUCUAACGUUAGGUGGCUACGCUAACGUUAGCUACAACAUCUCAGUGAUUUAGGUGACACCUCACAGUGUCGACCGCAAGCACAGAACGGUGCCUUCGAUUGUGUACAGAGACGUCGCUGGUUCACGUAACGUUUUAUUCCGAGACAUGUCUCCGUCGGUGCGGCUUCAGGAGAUGAUCCGGGUGAUCCGGAGUGCUCGGACUCAGGGUGAGGAGCGGGGGGUGAUCCAGCGGGAGUGCGCCGCCAUACGGGCGCAGUUCCGCCAGGCGGACAACGGGGGGCGCUCUCACAACCUGGCGAAGCUGCUCUACGUGCACAUGCUGGGCUACCCCGCCCACUUUGGACAGAUGGAGUGUGUGCGUCUGAUUGCCAGUCCGCGGUACAGCGAGAAGCGGGUGGGCUACCUGGGGGCCAUGUUGCUGCUGGACGAGAAACAGGACGCCAGCCUGCUGAUCACCAACUCCAUUAAAAAUGACCUGUCUCAUAGCAGUCAGUAUGUGCAGUCUCUGGCUCUGUGCACUCUGGCCUGCAUGGGCUCGGCUGAGAUGUGCAGAGACCUGGCUCCUGAGAUCGAAAGGCUCCUGCGAGCCUCCAACUCCUACAUCAAGAAGAAGGCAGCGUUGUGUGCGGUCCAUAUCGUGAGGAAGGUUCCAGAACUGGGCGAGCUCUUCACCCCAUCUGCUCGCUCUCUGCUGUCUGAGAAAAACCACGGAGUUCUGCAUGGAGCCGUGGUUCUCAUCACUGAGCUGUGUGAACGCAGCCCAGAGACACUGGUCCAGUUUCGCAAGGCAGUUCCAGAGCUGGUCCAGGUUAUGAAGGGUCUGGUGAUGUCUGGUUACUCCCCAGAACACAACGUUGCCGGGAUCAGUGACCCGUUCCUGCAGGUGCGCAUCCUGAGGUUGCUGAGGAUUCUGGGAAGAAACGACGACGUGGCGAGUGACGCGAUGAACGACCUUCUGGCGCAGGUGGCGACGAACACAGACAGCAGUAAGACUGCAGGCAGUGCCGUGCUGUACGAGACUGUGCUCACCAUCAUGGACAUCAAGUCUGAGAGCGGCCUGAGGGUCUUGGCUGUGAAUAUUCUGGGGAGAUUCCUGUUGAACAAUGACAGGAACAUUCGUUAUAUCUCCAUGACAUCGCUGCAGAAGAUUGUGCAGACGGACCACAAUGCAGUGCAGCGUCAUCGUGGGACUAUCGUGGACUGCAUGAAAGAUCAGGAUGCCUCAGUCAAACGGCGAGCAUUGGAGCUGUCUCUGGCUCUGGUCUCUGCCGUGAACAUCCGCUCCCUGAUGAAGGAGCUGCUCCUCUUCCUCUCCUGCUGCCCGCCUGAGCUCCGAUCCCACACCGCCUCUGGGAUCUUCAACGCCGCAGAGAGGUAUGCCCCAUCUCAGCGCUGGCACAUCGAUACCAUCCUGCAUGUUCUUACCACGGCAGGGGGCGAUGUGAGAGAUGAGACGGUGCCCAAUUUGAUCCAGCUCAUUACCACGGCAACAGAGCUGCACUGCUACACUGUACACAAACUGUACAGGGCACUGGUGACUGACAUCUCACAGCAGUCUCUGGUGCAGGUGGCCUGCUGGUGUAUUGGGGAGUAUGGAGACCUCCUGCUGGAAGGAGAGUGUGAGGAGACAGAACCUGUACAGGUUACAGAGGAUGAUGUUCUGGACGCCUUGGAGACGGUGCUACAGUCUCACAUGUCCGCCCCGGCGACCAGAGGUUUCGCUCUCACGGCAACCAUGAAGCUGAGCACCCGAAUCACGCAGAACGUGGAUCGUAUCAGGAGCAUUGUCAGCAUCUAUGGCAGCUGCAUUGACGUGGAGCUCCAGCAGAGGGCAGUAGAGUACAACGCGCUCUUCAGGAAGUACGACCACAUGAGGGCUGCCGUGCUGGAGAGGAUGCCCGUGAUUGACAAGAACUCCCCGGGACACACCAACGGGGAGAUGGUGGCGGGAGGAACCCUGAAAGGGCUGGAGCAAACCAAAAACAAGCAGGAGGAGGGGACAGAGGCUCCACAACCUGCAGCCCAGGUGUGUGACCUGUUGGACCUGUUGGGGGGGUCUGAUGAGCCUCUGCAGCCCCGCCUGGCUGCCCCCGCCCCUCCGGGCCUCGGCGCUGUGAGCAGCAGUGUUGGGGGGGACCUGCUGGACCUGCUGGGGGGUCUGGAUCCGGCCCCAGUGUGUGCAUCUGCAGCGCCCGGUGUGAAGGUGUACGAGAAGAACGGAGUGACUCUGACUCUGCAGUGUGACAGACAGACGGACACCAGCGUCACCGUCACCCUCGUCGCCUCUAACUCCUCCCACUGUGACAUCACACACUUCACGCUGCAGGCGGCGGUGCCCAAGAGCGUGCAGCUGCAAAUGAAAGCUCCAAGCGGUGAUGUCAUACCCGCUGAUGGACUGGGUCAGGUGACCCAGACUGUCCUUCUCAACAACCCCAACAAGGUGAGUCUGCGAAUGCGGGUUCGAGUCUCAUUCUCUGCCCAGGGCUCCACCUUUCAGGACACCGUGCAGAUCGACUCCUUCCCCGCUGCGGCCUGUGAGUGACAGCUGUCAGCCAACCCACCCGCCCUCGCUGGUGAGGAGGUGGAUUCUGCCCGUCGACCAAUGAAAUCAUUCCGCCGUCCGGACCUGGACUGACUAGCCCCCCGUGACCCCGAACUCUGCAGACACGCCAGGCCGGCUCCUGCUCCAAAAUGGACGCUUGUCAAUAAUGUGCGACAGCUGUCUGUCAGUGACACGGACGCAUGCCACUGAACCACCUGGCCCCAUCAAUCACGUCCAACAGGAAGUGAGCUUUUCACAGCAGCCGGCCAAUCCAGGCACCCAGUAUUCCAGUCCCCUCCCCUCCCCCCUUCCUCUUCUCUUAUCAUUGGCCAGCUCAGCCGUCAGUCAUCGUUGAACAGUUGAACUGCUCUGAAAAAACUGAACCCGAUUGGGGGACAGUGUCGUUUCUUGUGUGAGAACUGUUCAGGAGAGGGCGGGUCUUCUCAGAACUUCGGCCUCCCCCACGCGUCACGUCCGUGCGAAACGGCUUUGUCACCUGAGACGGGACCGGUGGGUCCCUUUUGGUCAGCGAGCCACAGGAUUAACACCAACACUUUCUCCUGUUCUCACACUCUCCCCCCCCCCCAACCCCCCACAACAGUGUUCUUAUCUCCUUUUCCCCCCAUUGAACUACAAAGCAGGCAUCAGUCCCUUCCCUCAGAGGUAUAAAAGUGGUUCUGUUAGCAUCUACAUGGGUUCAGACCCAGGAGAAUCAAUACAGAAAAUGUCAUGCCCAGCGUAGGCACAAAGCUAAUGGUGUUUGCGCCAGUACGCCGGGAAGACGUGCUUCCCUGGAGAAUGUUUUUAAAUUGGGAGGGGUGCAAUGUUCAACCUUACCCACAUUAUUUUACCUGAAUGUACCUCCGAGAGAACACAGCAAGGACUCUUACGCUAGGGUUGGGUAACGUUUAGAUUUUUUCAAUUCCGGUUACCAUUCCCAUUCUGCUUAUCGAAUCCUGUUAUUAUCGAAUCCUGGCUUCCGAUUCUUGUGAUAUUGUUCCAGUGCGAAAAAGAAAUCCGAAUGUGUCUGUACGCAAAACCAUCUUUAUUUUCUGCAGAUUUAGGCUGCCAUAAAAAGUCAAUUGUCAUUUUGGUAAAAGAGUGGUCUCGGCAGUUGAUUAAAAUUCUUUGCAUUUCACUCAUUCACUUUAUCGAAACCUGAAACAUUUUCAGGUUUCGAUAAACGGAUUCGAUAAACGAAUUCCAGGUUCUUGGAAAAUCAGAACCGGCUCUCGACACCAAACCCUACUCUCCGCUAACUUUUUUUUUCCC